AUGGCCCUCUCAACCGAAGCCAACAUCACCGUCAACCCCCCCUACCACCUCCGCGAUGGCGCCACCCCUUCCCACUUCACCCCCUCCAACCUGCCCUGGAUCACCGGCACAUGGCACACCACGCACUCAACCAACCCCGAAGAGCAAUCCAGCAAGCGCAACGCGCGCAUCUGCCUGUCCCUCAUCCGCGGCAGCAACUCCGUCUCGUCCGACAGCGAAGGCUCCGACUCGGACAUGGAGCCCGACAAGGACCGCAUCCUCGCCGUGCGCUCGUACCAGGACCUCACAUCUCCCGCGAUCCAAGAUGUUGGGCAGACCGAUUUGUUUCUUGACGAGCUGGACCAGGGUUUCACGCAAGUGAACGGGCCCAUCAUGCGGCAGCGGUGGGAGAUCCUUGCCUGGGGCAAGGAAGGGCAGCUGGAGGAGUGGAUGAACGAUGACGGAUCGGGCUGGAUUGUGGAUAACACGGGAGAGGCCAGGCCGGAUUGGAGGAAUAGCUAUGUGGUGGUGUACAUCGGAAACGAUCUGGGGAAGCUGAAGAACGUGGGCGAGGGCAUGAUUGAGAUCUGGGAUCGGUUCGGUCCUAGCGGUCCCCUCAGGGAGGAGACGGUGGAGAAGAUCAGGGAGGCAUUGAAGGGGCUGGGGGGCAAGGAUGAGAGGUUUGCCAAGCUGGCGCAGAGGUUGGAGAGGAUGAGGAUGGAUGAGGGGAGGAGCAGUGAGGAUGAUGCGAGGAUAAGGGGGUACUAG